AUGGCGCGAGCUCGGCUCUCCGACGAAGAAAGGGAUGCAGGUUACUGCCAGCUGUUCGUCGAGACUCUCCACGAGCAAGCUCUAACCUGGUUCUCCCAGUUAGAGGAGAACUCAAUCGGAAGCUUCCUUGACUUAUCAGCGGCUUUUCUCAAGACGUACAUCAUGUUCACAAAGCGCAGCGCCACUGCCUCUAGCUUGUGGAACCUCAACCAAACCAAAGACCAGAGCCUCCGCGACUACAUGGAGAAGUUCAAAGCCGUGGUGUCCAGGAUUGAAAUCCCGGACAGCAUCGCCAUCGACGCUCUGCGCAACACGUUGUGGAUUCGCUCUAAGUUCCGAGAAGACCUAUACCAUAACCCAACUACGUCGCUCCAAGACGCUAUCGCGCGCUCUGAUAACUUCAUCCGAAUGGAAGAAGAUACUAAUGCAAUCCUCAGCAAGAUGAACGCGCCCAAAGCUCCAGCGGCUAAAAACGCCAACACGCGACAAGAACCGCGCCAGCAUGCUCCAAGCGACAAAAACGGUCGCAAAGACGGAUACAUGUAUGCCGUCAACAAAAACAACGUGCCGAUCUCUACUCUUGUAGUCCGCGGAGAAGGUUGGAACAAGUGGGUAAUAGAGCUCGAGUCGUCCGACAAACCAGUCGAUGCUGUUUGCACCACCCAACCUACAACAGGAACGGGGUCAGCAGCGGGCCCUUCUAGGACCGUCGAUCUCACCAAGCAUUGCAAAUAUCACGAUGUCAAAGGGCACGAUACGAUAGAAUGCAAAUCACUCUAUGCGCAGUACCUCUCAUCUCUUGCAAGCGGUGAAUUUAAGUUCGAAUCCCUGAAAGCUAAGCCGAAGAACGGCAAGAGCUGGAGCAAGAACAAGGAAAUGAGAGCCCAACGCAAAGCCACUGGCAAAGGCCGACAAAAACGAAACUCAUCAACAACGAGAUGA